AGUAACCUUUUUUGUCUUUUUAUAGGUGAAGGGAGAAGAUGAGGAAGAGAACCAUCUGGAAGUACGAGAAACCAAAAUUAAGGGUAAAAGUGGUAGAUUCUUCAUGGUCAAGCUACCAGUUGCUCUCGAUCCUGGGAUGAAGAUUUCAGUCAUUUUGGAAACAGUCUAUACCCAUGUGCUUCAGCCAUAUCCAACCCAGAUCACUCAAUCAGAGAAACAGUUUGUGGUGUUUGAGGGAAACCAUUAUUUCUAUUCUCCCUAUCCCACAAAGACACAAACUAUGCGUGUGAAGCUUGCCUCUCGAAAUGUGGAGAGCUACACCAAGUUGGGAAACCCCACACGAUCUGAGGACCUCCUGGAUUAUGGACCUUUCAGAGAUGUCCCUGCCUAUAGUCAGGAUACUUUUAAAGUACAUUAUGAGAACAACAGCCCUUUUCUUACUAUCACCAGCAUGACCCGAGUCAUCGAGGUCUCUCACUGGGGUAAUAUUGCUGUGGAAGAAAAUGUGGACUUGAAGCACACAGGGGCUGUGCUUAAGGGACCUUUUUCACGCUAUGAUUACCAGAGGCAACCCGAUAGUGGUAUAUCCUCCAUCCGUUCUUUUAAGACCAUUCUUCCCGCUGCUGCCCAGGAUGUUUAUUACCGGGAUGAGAUUGGCAAUGUUUCCACCAGCCACCUCCUUGUUUUAGACGACUCUGUAGAGAUGGAAAUCCGGCCUCGUUUCCCUCUUUUUGGAGGGUGGAAGACCCAUUACAUCGUUGGUUACAACCUCCCAAGCUAUGAGUACCUCUAUAAUUUGGGUGACCAGUAUGCAUUGAAAAUGAGGUUUGUGGACCACGUGUUUGAUGAGCAAGUGAUAGAUUCUCUGACUGUGAAGAUCAUCUUGCCCGAAGGAGCCAGGAACAUCCAAGUUGACAGUCCCUAUGAAAUCAGCCGUGCCCCAGAUGAGCUGCACUACACCUACCUGGACACAUUUGGCCGCCCUGUGAUUGUUGCCUACAAAAAAAAUCUGGUAGAACAGCACAUUCAGGACAUUGUGGUGCACUAUACAUUCAACAAGGUGCUCAUGCUGCAGGAGCCCCUGCUGGUAGUGGCUGCUUUCUACAUCUUGUUCUUCACAGUCAUCAUCUAUGUCAGAUUGGAUUUUUCUAUCACAAAGGAUCCGGCUGCGGAAGCCAGGAUGAAGGUGGCUUGCAUCACAGAGCAGGUCUUGACCCUGGUCAAUAAGAGACUAGGUCUCUACCGUCACUUUGACGAGACUGUCAAUAGGUAUAAGCAGUCCCGGGAUGUGUCCACCCUCAACAGUGGCAAGAAGAGCCUGGAGACGGAACACAAAGCCUUGACCAGUGAGAUUGCACUGCUGCAGUCCAGGCUGAAGACGGAGGGCUCUGACCUGUGCGAUAAGGUGAGCGAAAUGCAGAAACUGGAUGCACAGGUCAAGGAGCUGGUGCUGAAGUCGGCAGUGGAAGCUGAGCGGCUGGUGGCUGGCAAGCUCAAGAAAGACACGUAUAUCGAGAAUGAAAAGCUCAUCUCAGGAAAGCGACAGGAGCUGGUCACCAAGAUUGACCACAUCCUGGAUGCUCUGUAGGCUCUGCCAGUUGUCUACUGGGUGAGCCCAGGGUGCUGCACUUACGGCAGGUGUGUGUGUGUGUGUGUGUGGGUGGGGGGAUGAACGUUGAGGCCAGUGAAUGCUGGCAUCUGCGUUUUAUAAAAGGCCUUCAAGGAAGAGAAGCCAGGCCCUGCCUUAGACAAAACAAAAAGCUUAGUUUUUCCCCCUAAACUGUUCCUUUAAAAAAAAUUUAAAAACAAACAACUGAAA